GAUUGCUCAUUAUCACUCAACGCGCGGACGCGAGCAGACGUCAUCGCGGUACAGUCACACAAUGCGACACGCUACUUACCUUCUAGUGCUCCUGUUAGGCACCGCAGUCGCCUAUAAGAAUGAAACAAAGGAGUUCGUCGUGCCUUUAGACCAUUUCGGCUUCCAACGCAAUGAGACCUUCAAAAUAAGGUACAUCGAAAGUGAAGAAUACUGGAAUAGGGGUAAUGGACCUAUAUUCUUCUACACCGGUAAUGAGGGUCAAAUCGAACAAUUCGCCAAGCAUACCGGCUUCAUGUGGGAGAUCGCGAGAGAAUUUGAAGCAAAGAUUGUCUUCGCAGAACAUAGGUACUACGGCAAGUCGAUGCCUUUUGGAGAUAAGUCUCUGGACAACGAGCACAUCGGAUAUCUGACCUCAGCUCAGGCCCUCGCAGACUACGCUCAAUUGGUGAACUUCCUUCAGGGUGGCAAGGAUUUGAAGCCUAAAUAUCCAGUUAUUGCUUUCGGUGGUUCUUACGGGGGCAUGUUGGCGGCAUACUUCCGUAUGAAGUACCCUCAUUUAGUGACUGGCGCUAUCGCAGCCUCAGCGCCUGUCCACAUGUUCCCUGGCAUGGUACCCUGCGAGGUCUUCUACAGGAUAGUCACCUCCAGCUUCAACGUUGCCAGCAAAGUCUGCCGGGAUAACAUCAGACAAUCAUGGAGUGUGCUCAGAACCUUCGUUGCGAAUAAAACGAAUGCUGAUUGGCUGAAGAAGCAAUGGAACUUGUGCACGGCGGUGAGCGAAAGCAAGGAAGAUGUGCAAGACUUGGUGGAGUACCUGCAGGGGAUGUACGAGACCCUCGCGAUGGUCAACUAUCCCUUCGCUACCGACUUCCUCCUGCCCCUGCCGGCCAAUCCCGUGCGCUCCGUCUGCCAGUACUUAAACCAAAAACUUACUGGACAAAAAUUACUAGAGGGUAUAGGCAAAGUGUUGCAAGAAUACGCCAACUACAAUGGUAAAGGUGACUGCGUUAACUACAAGAGCACAGAUUAUGGCAACCUCAACGCCAGUGGCUGGGAUUACCAAGCUUGCACGGAGAUGGUGAUGCCGAUGUGCACGAACGGCGACGAUGACAUGUUCGAGCCAAAGCCGUGGAACUUCACAGAGUUUUCGGAGGACUGUCACAAGAAAUUCAAGGUGUAUCCGCGCCCCGACGCCGCCUGGCUAGAAUACGGCGGUGACCAGUCUGUAAAGAUGGCGCGCCAGGAGCACAAACGUAAUAUAGAACAAUGGAUACGUAAUUUCAGACUUCACAAUGCUUGA